AUGUCUUCGCCCUCCCCCGAGACACCGACACCGACGCCCAGCUUCGCCGAUGAUCAGACCCCCGAGCUCUCUCGUGCCGCUAGCUAUACCGACCUUCCAAGCCAGGCAACAACAGAACCCAGCCUGAGACGCACAUUUUCCGACUAUGCUGUGCCAGCGUUGUCCAAAUCGCCAACCAAGGAAAGUGUGGCUGCGGGGAAGGACAUCCUUCGGCGGACCUCUCAGCGCUCCAAGAACAAGCCCGCCACCGUCUCACGUUUCACAUUGUCGUCAUCAGAGGACUUGAAGGAUUCAGAACCGCAUGUGCCGGAAACGAAGGCUCCAGAGCCUGCUGUGCGGCCCUCGAAGAGCCGUUCAAUGUCUGGGAGGAUAGUCAGCCUGGCGAGGAAACCCUGGGGCUCUUCCUCUCGUUCCCCUUCUCCAUCGGCCAAACGAUCCAAGCAACAAGAACAAUCUCCGACUCGAUCCGGUCGAAAAACAGACGAUGACCCGUCACAGCCUUCCCGCAGGCGAACGAUUCUCUACAAACGCCCGCGUCGCCCCAUGGUGGCUGUAGUGGCCAAGGGCCCUGAAGACAGCCCUGGCUCUCCUAGCAGCCCUUUGGGGAACUCUCUACAACACAAGUCAUCGUUCGAAAAGUUCACAACGUCACUCUCAGUUUCUACACCGGUUUUACCACCGAUGCCCAAGGGGGCCGCAGAAACGGCUGCGGCGUAUGCGAACAGCGGCGGGGACCCCUCACGGAAAAAGGAUGAGCUUUGGGGUGUCUUUCGUGGACUGGAGGCGGACUACCAGAAGUUCCAAUCCAAAUCGAGCUCCUUGAAAGCGAACGUUAUCCGGUCUUCACUCCUCCCUUUCCUCGGUCGUCAUCAUCUACACGCGUCCUGCAAGAACCUCCGACCAGAGGACUUGGAUCGACGAGUCAAUAUUCUCAACAAGUGGUGGAUUGGAAUGCUGGAAAUGCUCAAUGGCAAGCAUAAUCAGUCGAUUUCAGGGACAGACAGACCGGUGUUUCUUGAGGCUGUGGUGGGCAUCAUGACUCGACCGGAAUGGCGCCUCCCAUUUCCCAUGGCACGGCAAAGCAGUGGGCCUACAGAUUCGUUGAAGUAUGCGUCAACUUCAGUGUCGGAAACCUCUGACGCUUCGGCCUCAUCAGGAUCGGACUUCCUGGUUGAAUCGAUCCACCACAACAUUCGUAAUAUCUUUAUUCAAAACUUGCUGUCUCAGAUGGCAUUUGUGGUUGAACGAAUGUCUAUGAGACAUGCGCCAGCAAGCUUGGUGGCAUUCUGCGGAAAGGCUUGCGCGUACGCCUUUUUCUUCUGCCCCGGAGUCCCGGACAUCUUGGUUCGGUUGUGGUGCACUCCUCCUGGUAUGUUUCGACGGAUUCUAGUAGAAUCGGCCGGAUCUCGAACAGGAAACACGCGUGCAUACACCCAAGAACUCGCCCUAUGCUUCCCGCCUGCACUUCGUCCUCUCGCCUUCCACUCACAAGCACCCCUGUUGCGGUAUCUACGACAGAAGCCAGAAGCGCCAUUGAAUACCACUGGUAUUGCCUGGAAUCGCCCAUGGGUAUCACGUUGGGCUGGGCGUGACACGGAUUUGUUCUUUGUAUUUGUUAAGUACAUUCAUAUCUUGUAUGCCGAGUACUUGCCCCCAGAAACCGAAAAGGUCAAGCGGAUUCUGGCACCUGGGCUGUUGCUGGUUCAUGCACAGCUUCUUUUUGUCCUGGAAGACACGAUCUACAAGCAGUCGACACAGCAAGCACCUGAUCCACAUUCCGCUGCAGCGAUCACAUUUGAUGAUUUCAUCGAGUCACCAGAUGCUUCGGCUUCCACUCACCAUCUUCGGAGUGGCAGCAACAGUCAUCGGUCGAUGGCAGAGAAUCGUUUGAUUAUUCUACUCCGGGAUUUCCUGUCAGAACAAUCCGCGGAACCGAAUCGUGCCAGAUUGUUCUUUGCCGAAUCCUUCUGUAGUAUCAUUAAAGCUGCUGCGCAGAAAAUGUCCCUCUUUGACCAUAAUGCGUGUUUCUUGCUGUGUGAUUUCCUCGAGGAGAUCAUUCCAAUAAUCACACGCUAUGCUCAGUCAAUCGAGACGGACUUGUUUGAUUGGAGCUUCUGGCUUGAAGUCUGUCGACAAAUGAUGCAGAGCCACAACUCGCUCACCGAGGUCCGCGUAUUCUCGUUCCUCUACUGUGUCUGGGGUACAUGGACCGAGGCGGAAGAAAGGAAAGCAUCUCUAUGUCUGGACUUUUUGUUACACGAGCCGAUAUUCUAUCACUAUUUCAACCACUGGAGUCCAAUGGUCCGAGCGUAUUUCCACCGUCUGUUGUGCUGGCGGGUUGGACGGUUCAAUACAGACCCAUCGUCACUUGAUUCGAUGAUAUAUGAGACUCUUUCAGACCGACUCCUGCGGGUUUGGGAGUAUUACAUUGGGUUUCAAUCCAAGGCGGAAGAGGGAAUGACCGCUCCUCUAUCUUCUGCCCCCUGCACCCCGGCCCCAGGACGAAGGAUUAUCAUCAUUCGAUGUGACAACCAACUCUCUCCGGCCAAUCUGUUUGUUAGCUUUGACCGAGUCGUUCCACCAGUUCCUUCUGAUCAGGUCAUGUCGCACCGACGAAGUGGAUCUUCAGACUCGCAGAACGGAGAUGACCAACCCGCCAAAAAACGAUGGGGCCUUCUCAAGGCCAUGUUUGGCAGUUCCUCCAACACACGUUCUGGCGAUGGUGAUCUCAGUAGCAGGAGCUCUGAAGACUCUGAGACCAGUGGCACAGAUCUGACCAUAGUAUCUGAUAGCAAGUGUAUGGAUGAUCAUGAGCAGACUCCAACCAACAGCGUGGACGAGCCUGUCCGCCCUAAGACUCCGCAUCAGCCAUUCUUUUUCAAGUUCUCCUUGGAAUGGAUGGAUCGGCCUCAAUGGCCCACCAAGAACAAACGCCUCUUCACCCCCUGUCUCCCCGUGGCCUCUCAAUUGCACGUCGAGCACCGGCGGUCUCCUUCAAAGUCAGACUAUGACACAGCAUCCGAGAACCCAUCUCCAUCGGACAUCGAAAGCGAGACAACGACACCGGAGGACCCGGAGGACCCCAUACACCCCGAUGAAACACCCACACAACCCACCUCUGACACAUGGCCAAGAACACCAACCACUAAAAACUCCCCUCUACCCGAACUCCCUUCUCAACCUUCCCACGACCACCUCGUGCCUAGCAAAUAUGCAGGCCGUGCCCUUGCAGAAUGGGCUCACAUAGUUUCGGAAUGUGACAGCUUCUUCGCCCGCCGACGUGAUGAAGGCGUCCCCACUGAUCGCCUGGUGGAAACCCCAACACUAGGCGUUGAAAGCUUCCGCAAAUAA